AUGGCAUCGGAAGUACCCCCAGAGAAGCAUGCAGCGCCAGCCGCGUCGAACACAUCUGAUUCGGACGUCGAAGUCGUUCCUGGCUCCAUCAACGAGAAGAAGUUGCUUCGUAGGCUGGAUUUGAGACUACUUCCCGCGGUAUCGAUAUUGUACCUUUUGUCGUUCCUGGAUCGCAGCAAUGUCGCCAACGCGCGUAUCGAGGGACUCACUACGGACCUACACAUGACCGGUAACCAAUAUCUCACCGGUCUUACGCUCUACUUCAUCGGCUAUGUCCUCUUCGAACUCCCAUGCAACAUCAUCCUCAAACGGACGUCGCCCAAAUUUUGGCUUCCUACUUUAACGCUUGCAUGGGGAAUUGUUGCUACAUUGAUGGGUGUAACGAAGAAUCUUGCCGGCUUCUUUGUCGUUCGGUUUUUUCUCGGAGUAACAGAAUCUGGACUCUUUCCUGGUGUAGUGUACUACCUGUCCAUGUGGUACAAGAGAAAUGAACGCCAGUACCGCAUCUCGCUCUUCUUCAGCUGCGCCUCCCUCGCAGGAGCUUUUGGUGGCAUUCUAGCCUGGGGUAUCGCGCAUAUGCGCAACGUCGGAGGGUAUUCGGGCUGGAGAUGGAUCUUCAUCUUGGAAGGUCUACUCACUAUUAUAAUUGCUAUCGUUGCGUACUGGUUCAUCUCCAAUUAUCCCGAUACAGUCAGUUGGUUGUCCAAAGAUGAAAGGGCGUUUAUCCAGGCUCGCUUGAAAGCCGACAGUGAUGCAACGAAUGAAGAAGAGUUCCGAUGGGGCGAUGUCUGGUUCGCGUGCAAAGAUAUCAAGGUGUGGCUGUAUGGCUUGGGCUUCCACACUAUGAGUUUGCCACUGUAUACGCUAUCUCUCUUCCUGCCUACCAUCAUCAGAGAUAUGGGCUAUACAUCUGCGCAAUCACAACUGCUCACCAUUCCUCCAUACGCAGUGGCGACAAUAUUCACCAUCUUUUGGGCAAUCCUAUCUGAACGCUACGCGCGCCGGGCGCUUUUCAUAACCAUCACCUCCAGUGUUGCCAUUGUCGGGUAUAUCAUCCUACUAGCCAAUAAGAAUCCAAAGGCGCGCCCAGGCGUCUCCUACGUGGGCGUCUUCUUCGCAGCCAUCGGCAUCUACCCUUCCGUCGCCCUAGUCCUUUCCUGGCCCGCUAUCAACGUUUCCGGCCAAACGAAGCGCGCAACAGCCAAUGCGAUGCAGAUUUCGAUUGGCAACCUAGGAGCUGUUCUCGGUACGCAGCUGUACCGACCCAUAACAGCACCAAGAUAUGUUUUAGGGCAUUCGUUUGCGUUGGGGUAUUUGUGCCUGAACAUCGUGGUGGUCACUACGCUAUGGUACUUCUUGGACAAAGAAAACCGCGAAAAGCAGAAGUAUCUUGUGGAGCAUCCAGAAACGAGGGGAUUCCAUGAUAGUGAUGAGGAUUUGAAGCUGGGGGAUCGGCAUCCAAGGUGGACGUUCCAGGCUUAA